UGUGGAGAAACAGAAAACCUCUGGAGAGAGAAAUGGGGGAGAACACACAAGAUGGAACCCCAGGGAGCUGGUUCAGGGUCACAAUUCCUUAUGGGAUAAAGUAUGACAAGACAUGGCUAAUGAAGUCAAUCCAGAGCCAUUGCAGUGUCCCUUUCACUCCAGUGGACUUGCACUUUAUGCAAAAUGGGGCUCGGUUCUUUGUCCAGGAAGCUAGCACUGCCUCUGCAUUGAUGGAUGUCAGCUACAAGAUUCGUGACGAGGAGAGCCGAAAGAUACCUGUCUUUGUCAGCCCCUCCGCUGUUCCCUACUCUGUGCGGGAUAAGUUGAAGCCAGAAGAAAUGGAGCAGCUAAAGCUGACCUUGAGCAAACGAUUUGAUGUCUCCCAGCAAGCUCUUGACCUCCAGAGGCUCCGCCUUGACCCAGACUUGGUGGGCUAUGAUAUUGAUAUAUUUCUGAAUCGAAGAAGCUGCAUGGCUGCCACCCUGCAGGUCAUCGAAAAGUAUUUCCCUGAGCUGUUGUCCUUGAACUUGAGCAGCAACAAACUGUACCAGCUGGAUGGCCUGUCUGACAUUAUACAGAUGGCCCCCACGGUCAAGAUCCUGAACCUCUCCAAAAAUGAGCUGACGUCUGUGUGGGAGUUGAACAACAUGCAAGCGCUGAAGCUUGACGAGGUGUGGCUGCAAGGGAACCCAUUGUGUGACACCUUCCCAGACCAGUCCACCUAUGUAAGGCGCUCUGGGGUCUGUUUCCAGCUCUCUGCGCCCAGAUAUAUUCCAGCAAGACCUCCCAAGAGUGUGCCCCAGGAAGCAGGGCUUCUCCUCCUCACCAGGACCAGGAGCGACCAUCCUUGAUCCAGAUGCUGGCGCCCUGGACUGAGAAGGGUCCUCCAGUCCAGGGCCUCUUGCUGAGAGAAGCCUUCCUUCUUCGUGCUGAGAUGGGGUUUGCCUCCCCCGUUCUGAGAGGGGCCCUCUUCCCCUUCCUCCAAAGGGAUACCCCCUCCCCCUGCAGGUUGACAUGGGGGCUUUCCUGCAUCAUGCUGAGGGCUGAGGCCAUGGGUGGCUGCUGUCAUGACAUCCAUUCUGCUGGCCCAGUGCCAGGAGCUGGACCCUCCUUGGGAAAAAGCAGGGCUCCCUGAGUCAAGGGGCCAGACGUGGGCCCCCGCCAGUGAUCAGAGGGCUUCCUGAGGCAGGAGUGGAAGGCAGAGGGCAGAGGUGGUAGAGGAGACAGAAGGACAGGCCUCUGAGGGGCACUUCCCAUCCCUCCCUGCACACGUCACAUCAUCCCGCCUGGUCCUUCACAGGAGCCCUGGGCAGCCUGAGACAGGUAUGAUUCCUCAGAUAAAGAACCAACUCAGAGAGGUGCAGGGGUCAUCGGGAGAGAAGACAGUGAUCAUCAGAGGGGGCCACGGAUCCUCAACCCCAUACUGAGCUGGGUCCUGACCCUUUCCUCCUUCUGAGGAAGAUCUGCCCCCAUGGCUGCUCAGUUUCCCAUGCCCAAGUCUG